UCCCUCUUCCUCGACUGCUGGUCAACACCGACGCCUAGCCUCCCCGUGCAUCUGGAGUUGGGCUACCGGCGCUCAGACUUCAGCCUUUUGAUCGCGCCAAGCGACCCGUGGCUGAAGUGUCGCGAAGCCUGCUCUCCUUCAGCCCUGGCGCCAGUCCAGACACAUGCCAACCGCCGCCCCUCCUGGGACCUGAACUCUGCCGGUUCGAGACACACCUCGAAGCCGGAGGAGCCGAGCCAGGCCAGGCCCACGACUUUCAAUACCGGCACUCCAGUCCAUUGGUGCUUUGCCGGUGUCAAAGAGGUUCUAAACGCCAUUCACGAGACCGCAUUUGUGGCAUCCGACUACCCCCUUAUACUCUUUCUUCAUCUGCACAAAGUGACGUAA